UUGAUUGCAUUUGGCUCUUAUAACCCGGGAAAGAAUAACUGCAAAAAAGAUGUCGUUUGGUUGUCUGUUUGCAAUCUGAUCACUUCACUUUAUACAGCAGUUGUUAUUUUCUGCGUUCUUGGUUAUAUGGCAGGACAAAAUUAUAACACUUGCAUUGAACGAGAUAUGGCAAAUAUACUUGCAAUAUAUCCGGGUCGUUUUGGCAGCUUUGAAGAAAUUCGAGGCAACAUAUCAAUCGACGAAUAUGCGUCGUGGAUGUACAGAGAUUUUCAGAAUACCGAAUAUCCUCUACUAGCAAAUGUCACAAGUCACUGUAAUUACAAACAGAUCAUUUCACAGGCGGCAGAAGGAACUGGUUUGGCGUUCGUUGUGUUCACUGAGGCAAUAAUACAAUUUCCGUUCCCACCACUCUGGGCAGUGAUGUUCUUCCUGAUGCUCCUGAUGCUUGGCUUGGGCACGAUGUUCGGAACAUUGGAAGGAGUGAUAACAUCGCUCAAUGACAGCAAGAUAAUCAAUUUGAAAAAACCUGCACUCACAGCCAUUCUGUGUGCAGUUGCCUGCGUCAUUGGUCUUGUCUUCUCGACACAUGCUGGACAGUACUGGGUGAUGUUGUUCGAUCAUUUUGCUGGUUCGUACGCUCUCAUGUGUGUGGCCUUCUUCGAAGUUAUUGCCGUGAUAUACGUUUAUGGAUGGAAAAAGUUGGUUGUUUUCGGUUUGACUCGGUUAUAUUUGUGA